AAUUUGUAGAAACACUUUUUAAAGUUUGCAUUCAAAGGUUAAGAAGUCUGUUUAUCAAAACAUGAAAUCUGUUUAUCGAAGAGCCUGAUCUGUUUAAAGACAAAUUUGUAUUCGCCGCCGUGCAGAGCCUGAUCUCCGGCGACGCGCACCCACGCUUCUCCUCAUCAGAUGCGACAGUUUCAUCAUGGCAAAGUGGCGAUUUAUUAAACUUUGCACGUAUCUGUUAGUGUGGAGUUCAUUCAUAUGGUCACCUGGAAGAUGCUUGCUUGGUGAUUCAGUUUCAAGUCAGGUGGUGAGUUCUCCAAAUUCUAACUCCAAUAUCAGAAAUUCUCAAGCUUUUUCUCUCACCCAGAAGUUUCUGAUGCAAUCGUUUUAUGAGAGAUAUACGAACUUACAUGAUUCAGAUUUUGAAAAUUUCAUGUCUCAGAAAGUCACUUCUAGUUUGUGUGAAGUGCUUCCAGAUAACCAUAACUUUAGGCUGAGAUUAUCAGAUCUAAAACGCAAUCUUAUUGGUGAAGGUUCACACAGAUGUGUAGACACAUCAAUUAAAUUCCAACCCCAACAGUCAAAAUAUUUGUCUGAAAUUGUAAGCUACUCAUGUGAAUUCAUAAUUAUUGAAAGACUGCCUUCUGGAGUUUUUGCUGAUCUGUUUGAGUUACAACAUCUUGUUCAGCGUGGUGUGUUCAGUGAUAUAGCUGUCUUUGGCGAUACAAAUCUGGAGCUGCCUUCGUUCUUGUCCAAUCGAUCUGCUGUUGAAAUCCACUUAAAUGUUGACCCAAAUAUAUUACUAGAACCAACUGAUAUCAACAUAGAGCUUCCAUUGCAUGCACGAUAUCAACCUUUGAAUGAAAGUGGCUACACGCCUGUUGAAUUUGGUGCCCCGGAUAUGUUGGUGCACUGCAGCACACUGGAAAAGUUGGAAAAUCGCAAUUGCUUGUUCAAAUUGGAAAAGGAUGAUGCUAAUCUGUAUGAUACUCGUAUUGUUUGGAGAAUAGCUUCUGGAAAAAUGGCGCAUGCUGAUCUCGUUUCUGCUGUUACAUUUAUUUCAGCCUUGUUAUCAACUCUAGUAAUUGUUGUUGUAUCAUUAUAUUAUUCUAGUAGUAGACUGAACAAAUAUUUAAAACAAUCGUAAAGGUUUUUUGAAAUGCAUUUUUUUUUUCUCGAGUGGC